GAAGAAGAAGAAGAAGAAGAAGAGAGCAGGCCGCGGAGGGCGGAGGCAAAAUCGCGCACACAAAGGCUCCUUUCCCUUCUCCAAGCGCGCCGCUCCGGCGUUUCCUUUUUGCGCUUCCUCUGCUGGCAACAGUGUAACAAUAGGGCGAGCGCGCGGCUGCCCUGCCGCAGACGCAAGGAGGGCUCCGUGCGCCCUCGUUCUGCGCCGGACUCCCUCCCUCCUUGCCCGCCAUCUUUCGAAGCGGGGAGAAGGGCGAGCGAUCCCGCUUUCCUCCGGCCCGCGCUCGCACAAAGGAACGACGGGCAGGGAGAAGCUCGCCUCUCCAGCAGCCCAGGCCCCCCGUGCGCCCGCCGCUUGCCUUGUUGCCGCUGCUGCGCGCCUGGCUCCGCUCGGCUGGAAGCAGCGCCGCUUCCUCGUCCAGGCGGCUUCAGCGAGCGCCUUGGUUUGUCUCCUGUCGCGUCGCGCUCUGUUUCCUCGCUUUUCUCUCGGGGCUGCAUGGCUGGUCCCUGGGAAUGGGAUGCCCAUCCCAUCCAGGGAUCGUAGAAAGACAACGAUUCCUUCCCGAGGACCUGCUGCUGCUGCCUUGAACGCCAGCAAGUCGAGGAGGAGGCAGGAGAAAGAUGUCUGCUGCCACCUCAGCCAUCCAGGCUCCCCAAGGCCCUGCGAACCCACCUCCCCCAGAGGUCACCAACUCAGCCAAGCCUGGGCGGAAGACCAACCAACUUCAGUACAUGCAGAAUGUGGUGGUGAAGACUCUGUGGAAACACCAGUUCGCCUGGCCUUUCUACCAACCUGUUGAUGCAAUUAAAUUGAAUUUACCAGAUUACCACAGAAUAAUUAAAAACCCGAUGGAUAUGGGGACUAUCAAGAAACGGCUGGAACACAACUAUUACUGGAGUGCCAGCGAAUGUAUGCAAGAUUUCAACACCAUGUUUACAAAUUGCUACAUCUACAAUAAGCCCACCGAUGACAUCGUUCUCAUGGCCCAAGCCUUGGAGAAGAUUUUCCUUCAAAAAGUCGCUCAGAUGCCACAGGAAGAGGUUGAGCUCUUGCCUCCGGUUCCGAAAGGCAAAGCGCGGAAGAUGGCUGGCAGCGGGCACAGCACAGGAGCUCAGCACCCAGCAGCCUUAUCUUCCGUGUCUCCAUCAGCCCCCUUCCAGAAUGUCCCUCCCUCCGUGUCGCAGACGCCAGUCAUCGCUGCCACGCCCGUGCCAACCAUCACCGCGAACAUCUCCCCCAUUGCUGCGGCCCCUGCUGCUGUGCCCCCACUGCCUCCCCCUCCUGCUGCCACUCCCAUCAUGCCUGUGGUAACUGCUAUGUCACCUAUUGUCAAGAAAAAGGGAGUGAAGCGGAAAGCAGACACAACCACCCCGACCACAUCAGCCAUCACAGCCAGUCGGAGUGAGUCACCCACCCCGCUGUUGGACUCCAAGCAGGCAAAGGUGGUGGCCCGUCGGGAGAGCGGGGGCCGGCCCAUCAAGCCGCCCAAGAAAGACCUGGAGGAUGGGGAGGUGCCCCAGCACGCGGGGAAGAAGGGGAAGCUCUCCGAACACCUCAAGUACUGUGACAGCAUCCUCAAGGAGAUGCUCUCCAAGAAGCACGCAGCAUAUGCUUGGCCCUUCUACAAGCCAGUGGAUGCUGAGGCUCUUGAGCUGCACGACUACCAUGACAUCAUCAAGCACCCGAUGGAUCUCAGUACUGUGAAAAAAAAAAUGGACGUUCGGGAUUAUCAAGAUGCCCAGAGCUUUGCGGCGGACAUCCGGUUAAUGUUCUCUAAUUGUUAUAAGUACAACCCUCCAGACCAUGAAGUCGUGGCUAUGGCCAGGAAGCUUCAGGACGUCUUUGAGAUGAGGUUUGCCAAGAUGCCGGAUGAGCCGGCAGAGCCCCUGGCCCAGCCCCCACAGACGGCACCCGUUGUCAGCAAAAGCAUGGAAAGCAGCCAUAGCAGCGAGGAGAGCUCCUCCGACUCGGACAGCUCAGACUCUGAAGAGGAAAGAGCCACACGGCUGGCUGAGCUGCAGGAGCAGGACUGUUCCCGAUCAUUGAGGCAGUGCUACAAGGUCAAUGACUCCCGAGACUGGAAUGGAUGGAAUUUGAAGGCUGUCCACGAGCAACUUGCUGCUCUCUCGCAAGCCCCCGUGAACAAGCCAAAGAAGAAGAAGGAGAAGAAGGAAAAAGAGAAAAAAAAGAAAGACAAGGAAAAAGAGAAGGAGAAAGAGAAGCACAAGGCAAAGGCUGAGGAGGAGAAGAAGGUGAAGGUCACUCAGCCGGUGAAGCAGGCCCAGCAGAAAAAGCCACCGGCCAAGAAGGCCAACAGCACCACCACCGCAAACAGGCAGCCGAAGAAAGGCGGGAAACAAGUUCCUGUGGCCUACGAUUCGGAUGAGGAGGAAGAGGGACUCCCCAUGACCUACGAUGAGAAGCGCCAACUCAGCUUGGAUAUCAACCGCUUGCCGGGGGAGAAGCUGGGCCGGGUGGUACACAUCAUCCAGUCAAGAGAGCCCUCACUCCGGGACUCCAACCCUGAUGAAAUUGAGAUAGAUUUCGAAACCUUGAAGCCUACCACGUUACGGGAGCUGGAGAGAUACGUCAAAUCCUGUUUGCAGAAGAAGCAACGGAAGCCAUUCUCUGCGAGUGGGAAGAAGCAGGUGGCAAAGUCGAAGGAGGAGAUUGCUCAGGAAAAGAAGAAGGAGCUGGAGAAGAGGCUUCAGGACGUCAGCGGGCAGUUGAACAACAACAAGAAGCCUGCAAAAAAAGAAAAAUCUGGCUCCACCCUUUCUGGAGGCCCCUCUCGCCUGAGCAGUAGCAGCUCCUCGGAAUCAGGGAGUAGCAGCUCAAGCUCCACUUCGGACAGUAGCGAUUCAGAAUAAAGCAACAGACCCUUAAACGCUCCCGGACAGCGAAUGGACGUCUCACAGGCACUUGCCCCGGAAAGUUCUGCAGCGUCCCCUUUUGCUUCUUCCUCGUUACUAUAUUUUUUUAAAAAACAAACCAACCUGCUUUCUUGCAACAGGACCAGCUCUGCAUCUCAUUCCACCCCUCUACUUUUAAUUUUUCUUUUAAUUCAGUGUUAUAAAACCUUCCAGAAUUUAAUUUCCUCCCCCUACUUUCCCCACCCAGCUUUUAUUAGGUUGCAAGAUCUUUUUGGGGGGGUGUGUGUGGCUAGACUUUUUAAGGCAAGAACUUUCCCUUGCAUAUAAGGUCUCUAAACUUUUUUAAAAAAUCAAAUCAUUGAGACGUCUUUUGGUGACCAACAGCAAGAGAUGUGGGAACUGGAGAGAUGAGUAAAAAAAAUGUUUGCGAGAUGUAAUAUUAAAAAAGGGGGGGUGUUUUUUGGUAACUUUUCUCUCUUACUCUUCCCUCCUCCCCCAUGGAAAUUCCUUUUUAAUACAGCCCAAGACUCAGCUCAGUGCUGCUGCUGAUGUGGAGUGGGGAAUUUUUUAAAUGGGGUGGGGUGGUGGGGAGGAGAACCUCUCUGUAAAACGGUACUGUAUCUGAAAGACGUUAGCUUUUGAAGUAGUUGAUUGUAUUUGUUGCUAGCACUAGUAUUCCUAACCUCCAAGGGGCCCAAUCCACCAUGGAAUGCUCCUGGGCAUGCCCCCUUCUCUCAAAUGAGAGGGAGGUGUACAAAAUGCACCUCUCCCAUUUGUUUUGGUGGGGUGGGAGUACAGAGACCAUGAGCAGACCUUCCUUGUGGAUUGGGCCCUGCGUCUACAUGUGUGCUGAAGAGCAUCAUUUUAUAUAUAUAUAUAAAUAUAUUAUAUAUAUAUGAGGGAAGGAGGAGAAGAGAGCUCACGUACUGUGGAUUGUUUUAAAAAUGUACCUUUUUAGAUAUUUCUUUUAAACUUUUUUUUAAGUAAAAAAAAUGAUACUAGAGAUUUGUGCUUCUGUUAUGAGAGGUUGGCUGACCUAUUAAAGCUAGCAGAUGAAAUUGUUGAAACUCAAAAAACAAAAAACUGAUUUGGCUACAGGAUGGGAAAAGGAGAGGUUGUUGUCGCUCUGGGUGUGUGCAUGGAGGAGGUUGAGAGGCAUACGAUACACAUCACAAGCAUUAGCUUUAAAAAAAAGUCUGGGAAUGGUCCAGUCCCAUUGUGCACACCUAGAGUGCAGGAAGAACGUCACUGAUGUAGAACUCUGGGUGAACCCAAUGACCUUUUCUCGGCAAUCUGCAAACCUUGGUUGGUGCUGGGGAUGGGGGUAGUAGUCCUUUCCAGUUUUGCUUGCUGUUGUGAAGUAUUGGUUUGCAUCCAACCAAAUUCCCCUCAAAAGUAGACCCACUGAAAUGAAUGGAUCUAAGUUGGUUGGGUACCCCUUACUUUCACUUGGUCUGCUCUAAGCAGCGCCACAUUCACAAUAUACAUUUAAAGUGCUAUGAGACCACUUUAAACAGUCAUGGCUUGCCACAAAACAUCCUGGAAACUGGUUUGUUCAGGUUGCUAAGAGUUGUUAGGAGACUCCUCUUCCCCUUCCAGAGCUGCAAUUUUCAGACUGGUUUAACAAUCAAUCCCUCUUCACAGGUAACUGCAAACCAUAGUUUUGGGGAAGGAAUUGGGGGCCUGGGGUAUAAGCACCAUGAACAAACUAGUUCCCAGAAUUCUUUGAGGGAAGCCAUGGUGGUUGAAAGUAGCACCAUAGUGCUUUAAAUAUGUGGUGUGAAUGUGGCCUAGGACUAGCAAUUGGAUACACCCCUUGAUUUAACAUUUGUACAAUAUUCUGUAGCGAUGGCUUUUAAAAAACGAAACCCUCUCACCCUGGUCAGUCUGUUACUUGGGACCCUUUCUAUGUGAUGUCAUUCAGUCUCUUUGCCCUAGGUCCACAUCGUCCUUUUGUUGAGGUAGGAAGUACCGUGGUACCUCUGGUUACGUACGUAAUUUGUUCCGGAGGUCCAUUCUUAACCUGAAGCACCGCUUUAGCUAAUGGGGCCUUCUGCUGCUGCCGCGCCGCCGGAGCACGAUUUCUGUUCUCCUCCUGAAGCAAAGUUCUUAACCCGAGCUACUAUUUCUGGGUUAGCGGAGUCUGUAACCUGAAGUGUGUGUAACCUGAAGCAUAUGUAACCUGAGGUACCACUGUAUUCACAUUAGCCAGUGAGGUAUGUGGCACCACUGUCCAGUUUUUGUGAGGUCCAGACUUUUGAGAGGUCCGGACAACAUAUGGAAGCCAACUGCAUCCUGAGUAGCUGUUGUGGUGUUCCUCCAUGAGGAAUGUUUGGAGAGCUUCUAACAACACAAACCCUACUGGAUCAGACCAGUGGCCCAUCUAGUACAGUAUCCUUUCCUCAUGGUGGCCAACCGAUCUCCAAAAGACAUGGCACCUGGGCUUAGGUGAUGUGAUGCCUUCUGGAGGUGGCUGGACUCCAAACUCCCAUGGCCUCCAGCUAGUGUGACCAACAGCCAAGGAUGCUGGGAGCUGGUGUUCACCAGCAUUUGAAGGGCACCAUGUUGACUGCAGGAGGCAGUCCUUGGUUGCUGAGAAGUUGUUAAGAGCUACAAUUCCCAGGGUGCUUAAACAAUCAGUACCUCUUCUCGGGGAUGCCCAUAUGCUACUGGGCUAAAUUCAAGGUUAUUGCAUUAAUUUACAGGGCUGUUAAUAAUCUGGGCCAGGAUAACUUGAUCACCUUGAAUCCCUUAUAUCCCUGCCCAAUUACUGAGCUCUUCAAGGGAGUUGGUAAUCCCCUGUGACUUGGAUGCAUGGCUCAUAUCAACCAGAAGCCAUGUUGUGUUCAGUUUUGUGGCCCCAAAUUUGUGGAACUCCAUUCCAAUUGAGAUCAGACAGACCCUCUCUCCCUGUUGAUCUCCCAGUUCCUAAUGAAAACUUUUUUUAUUAUUAUUCCAGCAGCUAUUUCAAUUGAUGUCUGAUUUUAUAGUUUUAACUGAUAUUUUUUUAUGAAAAUAUAUUGUAUCUUUGUUAAGAGACUCAUUGUAGUGAAGUGGUAUAUAAAUUGUUUAAAUAAACAUAAAUUGUGAUAUUGUGAUAGGAAUAGGGGGUUUCCUAACAACUCCCAGCACCCUCAACAAAGAACAGUGUCCAGGAUUCUUUGGGGAAAACUAUGCCUGCUUAAAGCAGUAUCUUAGCGCUUUAAAUUUAUGUGGUCUGUGUUAGGUCCUAUCUACACCAUACACUUAAAGCAUUACGAUACGACAUUAAACAGUCAUGGCUUCUUCCUACAAAGAAUUCUGGGAACUGUGGCUUGUUCAGGGUGCUGAGAAUUUCUGGAGACCCCUAUUCCCCUCACAGAGCUACAAUUUCCAGAAUUCCCUGUGAAGAGGGAUUGACUGUUAAACCACUCUGGGCACUGUACGUCUGGGAGGAGGAAUAGAAGGAUUUCCUAACAACUCUCAGCACCCUGAGCAAACAACAGUUCCUGGGAUUAUUUGUGGGAAGCUAUGCCUGUUUAAAAUGGUUAUAUAAGAGUGUGCUGUAAAUGUAUAGUGAGGAUGUGGUUAACCAUAGAGCCAAUUGCUUAACUUAAGGGCACAUUCUUGGCUUAGCGGGUCACUGAGGUGCAUAGUUGAGACCCAAGCAAAGCCCCCCAAAUAGGAAAUGAAUUGGGGGAGGGUGAAUCUCUCUUGAUUCCUUUUUAAACCCUUUUUUUCUAACAGUGGAAAGAAGCUCUUAAGACUGGAAAGCUACUUCUGUGUUGUGAAAGUGCAGGUUUCCCAAAUAAACCUUUUACCUCAAAGGAAGGGGGGAGGGGGGAUACACUGGGGUGCGUGUGGGGGUGGGGAGAGAUAACAACACUUUUGUAAGAUUCAUCAAUUUUUCUAGAAACUAUUUUCUCCAGUCUGGAUCCCUGCACUUUUUUCAAAAGACACACUCCAUAAUUAACUGUCCCUUGUUUUGUUUUUGUCUUCUUGUAUAUACAAGUAACUUUAUUUAUUAACACCAAUGGUCACUUAAAAAACAAAUUAUCCUGCAUUUUGAAGAGUGACAGAAGAAGAAGAAAAAUGCAGAUUUGUCUUGGUAUUUUUUUUUAAGAAAGAAAAACAAAGUUCUAAAGAAUUGGGAGUACUUUUAAUUUAAAUGUAUUUGACUUUAACCAACAGGUGCUAUGGCUCUUGAUAGUUUCCUGUGCUGGGUGCUUAAUUCCUUAUUUGUGUAUUCAGGGGUUUUUUCCCCCCAGGGAUGGGUUUAGGGUGGGGAUUUGUUUGCUUUCUUUUUUUGUACAGACUUUGGACUUGACAGGUAUUAGUACCUUCCAGAUAAAAGCAUGAUUUAUUUGUAUAUUCCUAGUUACCCCCUUUCCAGGUCAGUCUCUGUAUCUUUAAUUGUUUUAAAAGUAGAACAGUUUGGAAAAAAUAAUAAUAAAGGAACAAAGACCUGAUUUAUUUAUGUA